UCUGCGCAACUUCCGCUUUGCCCAGCCCAACAGAAGUGCUAAGUCCAGUCCUCCACACACUCAGCAUCAUAAACACUGUCACCGCGCUCUCUUUACUGCUUCAUCCACGAUAAGUCCGUAAAGCAAAAGGAAGCCUGUAACUUUGCUUGUCACCUGUCUUAUUUACCGCAAAGCCAAAUACUGCUUUAAAGGCUCUUGGGUUAGCUAAGUGCUUGUUAGCUAGCAUGCUGCUGUCUCAACACACCAGACAACUCAGGGAUUAAUUUUGUCUCGUCAUGACCGAGUUGAGAUGUCGGAAAAAAGAGACUUUAGAGGGAGAUGAAGAAGAGGAUGAGCGUCAAAAUAAGCCUGAUGAGCACACUACACACCAUGAGGGAAGUGUGUCCAAUGGUGGAGCAGAUGACAAGCAGGAGAAAGGUGAAGGUGAAGUUAAAGAGGAGGAUGCUCAACAUAAACAGGAAGAAUCAAACAGACCUGAGUCAUCUGUCAGAAGAUCCAAGAUGUCUUCUGCAUCAGGGUUUUUGCAGCGCUUGGUGAGGGUGUUCUUUGGAUGUCUAGCAGCGGUUGCCUGUGGCAUGCUCUAUGCUCUGUAUCUGUCUACAUAUCAUGACAGGAAGUUCUGGUUUUCAUCUCAGCAGGAGCUGGAGCGUGAAAUCACCUUUCAAGAAGGCAGCGGGCUCUAUUAUUACUACUAUAAGCACAUGCUCUCAGCACCAUCUUUUGAAAGAGGGCUUUAUGAGCUGAUGCUAGAUAACAGGACUAUUCCAGGUCAGACCAUCAACAUGGUGGAACGUUUGUCUCUGUAUCCAGAGCUCUUCACAAGCUUCAUAUACAGAGUCACAAAUAGCCAGGAUUUCGUGGAGCCAAUCUACUUCUAUGUUGGAACUGUUUUUGGCCUGCAGGCGGUUUAUGUCACUGCCCUGUUUGUGUGCAGCUGGGUGAUGAGUGGCACCUGGGUGGCUGGCAUGUUGGCUGUGGCCUGGUAUGUGAUCAACAGACAAGACACAACCAAAGUGGACCAUGCUAUUCCGCUGCGGGAAAAUUGGGCUCUGCCUUACUUCUCUUGCCAGGUUGCAGCUUUGACGGGAUUCCUGAGUAAUAACAUCAGCUCUGCCACCGAGAUGUUCUGCUACCUUACCAUGAGUGCCACCAGUGUCACCUUCCUCCUGGUCUGGGAACACAGCCACUACGUGCUCUUCGUCCAAGGCCUUUGUCUUUUCUUGCUGGACUCUUUUGAUCUGGUGCCACCGCGUAAGAUGGCUGACAUUCACAAGGUGUACCUCAGCUCCUUGAUCCUGGCCUACUUGUUCCAGUUUCAGAACCCGACCCUGCUGAGCUCGCCUCUGCUCAGCCUCCUGAUUGGCUCAGUGCUCGCGAGGUACUUCCAGCAAAAGAUGAAGAUGGGACCCCUUGUGGCGAGAGUCCUGAAGCUCUUCCUGCAUUUCCACCUCGUCUUUACCACAGGGAUCACCUUCAGUUAUUUGGUCAAGAAACUGAUACCUGUCAGUGAGAGUGACUUCGUAUUGAAAUUCCUUGAAGUAAAAUUCGGACUCAACACGACGACUGACUUCAUCACAAACUUCCUCCUGUGCCAAGAGAGUUUCCAGGCGCCCAGUCAGGACUUUUUCCUGCGACUGACGCAGGCCUCAGUACUUCCCUUCUACUUCCUGGUGCUCACUGUCUGCCUGCUGUCCACUCUGCAGACCAUUUACAGAAGACUCAGUGGUCAGCCAAUGAAAACCAACCUGAGACUUGAAGAUGGACAAAUAGGAGAGCAGCCAGAGGUCAUCUAUCAUGUUUUUCACACGUUGCUUUUUGGAGGCCUGGCUCUUCUGUUUGAUGGGAUGAAAUAUUUAUGGACCCCGUACGUUUGCAUGUUUACAGCGUUUGGUGUGUGUUCUCCAGACCUCUGGAUGACUGUGUUUAAGUGGCUCAAACUGAAAUCCAUCCACCCAGUUGUAUUGUCUCUGAUCCUGAGCACAGCAGUUCCUACCAUCAUUGGUUUCAGUUUGUGGAGAGAGUACUGUCCCCGUGUCUUAGCGGAGUUGUCGGACCUGCAGGAGGUGUACGACUCAGACACUGUCGAGCUCAUCAGCUGGAUCGGGUCGCAGGCUUCAGUGGCGACGGUCUUUGCAGGCAGCCCUCAGCUGUUGGGAACAGUGAAGUUGUGUUCAGGUUCAGCUGUGACUAGUUUGCCGCUUUACUCAGACAUCAACCUCCUGAAGAGGACUGAAGAUACUUACCAGGUGUAUGGAAUGAGAUCUGCAGAGGACAUCUAUAAGAUUCUGACCUCUCACAAGACAAACUACGUGAUCAUCGAGGAGUCGAUUUGUAACGAGCUUCGUCUCAGUAAAGGCUGUAGGAUCAAAGAGCUGCUGGACAUCUCCAAUGGACAUGUUGUGUAUGACAAAGGAGAGAUUUACUCUUUCUCCAAAUACGGAAGAUUCUGCCACGAGAUAAAGCUGAACUAUUCGCCGUACACAAACUACUUCACUCGAGUUUUCUGGAACCGCUCGUACCACGUCUACAAAGUGAACUCUGUCAUCUCCUUUCAGUACUGACAGCGGCUUCUGUUUCCCUGCUGAGACGGGACUGAGCCUGGCUUUGCUCUUCUCCGGCGUUUCACAUCAUAUCCACGCUGUAGCACAGAGGACUGCAAAGUGUCGUUGCAGUGUGUGCUCAGAGGAAUGUCGAGUCAUCGUUACCUUAAAUGUCCUGAUGUAGAUGCAAUUUCAAACCAACUGGGAUCAGCUGAGCACUUUGUACCUGCUUUGGCCUGCAUGUUGUUUGAUCAACAUGAACGGACCCUGCUGAAGUUGAAAUAUGCCAUAUUGAUUACUGUACUGUAGUUUUAUAACUGUUACUGUGAUGCAUUUAAUAAGAGGAGGAAGCUGUGAUGGGAGGUCUGAGCGUUCCCUUUGUACAGAAGCUGAGAUUAUUUGGGGUGAGCAGUGGUCAUCUUUUUGUUUGGGACAGCAGAAUGGCUCUUAAUCAGUAGGUGAAAUAUCUCAACAACAGUUGGACGGACUGCCAUUAAACUCAGAUAUUAUUGGUGCCCAGACCUUAAAUCAGAAUGAUUCUGUUGAUCUGAUCACUGUGGCGCCACCAACAGGUCAAACUUUUCACUCAACACAAAUACCAGAGAGAGUGGCAAAAAAUUAUACAGACAUUCUUGCUGCCCUGAGGAUGAAACACAGUGAUGCCUCGUCUUUUCCUCUAGCGCCAUCAUGAGGUUUUUGGUUCAGAGCGACAGCCAUCAGAUGGAUUGCCGUGACAUUUUGCACACACGUUCAUGUCCCCUUCGUGGUGAAUUGUUGUCACCACUAAAGUUUAUGACUAAAUACCUUCACAGCUGCCGACAUUCCUAUUUGACUCAGCUGUACUGUCUGUUUUGUGCUAGUUAGCAUGUCAAUAUGCAAAACUAAGAUGGUCGACAUCAAGGGUAACGUGGGCUAAGUACGGCUGCACAGAGCUGCUAGCACGCCUGUGGACUCAUAUUGUUAUUUUUAAUCCAAUUAUUCAGUGAUGGAUAUUAAUGCUGUAAUCUUCACUUGAAGUCUGCAGAAUUAAUAUUCACACAACUAUCUUAAGGCUUGUUUUAAAUGGCUCUCUGUCUUGGGAUAAUCGAGGUCUAACUUUUUUUUAAUGACGCGGGUCAGUCUUUUCAUACUAAAGAGGAAAAGGUGUCUCGCGUUACCGCAACGAUUACAAUGUAUCACCUUGAAAUGAUUUGAUAAUUAUGUUGUGAUUGGGAGAGAAUAACUACGUGUUUGGAUUUGUGAUUAAAAACAUAACUGUUGUGGCUCUCCGCCACUUUCUGCUGGUAACAGUGUAUAAGUGUUGUGUAAGGUUGCUGCUUCUCAUGUGCUUAACUUAAACAGGGAAUAUACAUGUCUUUGUGCUCUGCUGUAUGAAUGACCUGUGCUGUUAAAGACGACACCCACCCGAGUUAAGAGUUCAUAAAUAUAAUUCCCGGGGCCUGCCACUGGCCACUUGACGCUGAAAGACAAAGAACUGGUGAUGCAAGAUAUAACGUGUUGCUUCAAACUCCCAUGAAUGGAAAAUCAUUACUUGUGAAUUGACUUGUCAGAUGAGGUUCUGUGACAGAGUCGUUCUGUGCAUUGCAUACAUUAACACAACGGUGCCUGGCAUGUUGGGGGAGGUUUUGUAUCCAAAUAUUGUUAGAACAACCCUGAAACAACAUCUGUGAACUUUUAAACUGAACUGAGUCUCUUUCAGCCUUAAAGGGUUGUUCUGAAGCUGCUUGUUUCUGCUGCGUUGUCCUCAUCAUCCUCUUCAUCUGGAUGCCUUAGUCUGAGAACUGACGGCCUGAUAUCUUUGUAUCGGAGAGACCUUUAGUUAGAUUUCCACAUUUCCAGACAGUUGUUACCUUGAAGUAUUUGGUGCUAUAAUGCAAAUCUCACCAACAGUUCCCUCUGCAAAGGCCAUGUAGUGAAUAUAUUAGGUUUUAUUGAAUUACUAAUGGAAAUUAAAUGUAUGUAUGAGCUGA